UUUGAAUUUCACUGACAAAAAGUUGAAAGUGGAAGCAGAAUUUUACUGAUAAACAAAGUUUUUGGUUCGAACGUUUUCAAUAGAAUUAGUUUGUAAAAUUCAUGUAUUUUUUAUGUUUGUGAGUACUUUUACUAUUCCAUCAGAUAAUAUUCACUUCAAAACUCUCAGUGUUUAAAAAAAUGGCUUAACUAAUAGCAGAAGAACAGUUUUAACGUUUGACAGAUCUAUCGUUUGUUAAGUCAACGUAGAUGACUGUAAUUACCUGAAAUGUCAACAAUAGAUUUUUUCACUGGACAGCGAAAAUCUACAGUACCAAAGAAAAAUUACAUUAAGGAAAAUAUAAAUCGUUUGAAAAGAGAUAAAAGUGCUAGUAGUAAGCAAACCCUCAGCACAAAAUUUGGCUCUGUUUCAUCCAUUGGCGUUGAAAACAAUUUCAUAAAAGACAAACAAGUAGCACCGGGAUUUAAAUUGAAAUUGAAGGAUACCUUCAAUAUCCCAUUGCCCAAUGGACCUGUCCCAACGGGAUAUAGGAAUCAGGCUAGCCAAACAGUGAGUGAAAAAGAUUGGGACUCCAUCUACCAUGAGGGAGUCAUUAGGUAUCCAAGCUCAAGAUGCGCCAGUUCUUGUGAAGGCAGCAUUAAAGUGGUGCGAGAGAUGGGAUUGCAAACUGAACGCAUAGUGGAUAGAAGCCCUUCACCUGAACCAGUCGACAAAACGCAAUUAGUUUUCACCAAAAAUGCUGCCGGUGAUUUAGUGAAGGAUCACGUGAAGUGCAAUGCUAUGGUACAGAUCGGCUCAAAGAAAAAAGUGGAUGAUGCCGGUGAUCCAACUCUCCCCCCACCCACCUAUCAGAAAGGACGUUUGCCAAAAUACCUGAUAGACUUGAAGAAGAAGCAGGAGAAAAUAAAAGAGGAAGAAGAAGCGAAAGAUCCUGAUUGUCCUCCCGAUCAUUCUUUGCUGCCUGAUGAGAAGCGGUUAAUUACCUUGGAAGGCCUCAAGAAACAUUAUAAUUCCCUGCUAAAAGAGCUGAAUAGUUUGCCUGUUCGAUCAGAUACGCUUCGAACGAAAAAGCGCCGGAUUGAGCUGGAAAAAGAGUUGGAAAAAGUGGACGCUGGAAUGAAACUUUUCUCACAGGAUAAACUGUUUGUCAAAAAGCAGAGCUGAUGUUCGCCGAGUCUCUAAUCUAUUAUUGUGUUCCUAGUCGUAAGCAAUGUAAAAUUAUAUUUGAACGUUUUAUCGUCGCUCAAAUCUGUGAAUUGAUUAGCAUUUUUCAAUAAUGUUGACAAAUUUGCAGCUGUUUUGUAAAUAAAUAGUGUAUAAAUAAUUGUAUUUUACAAUAUUGACGUGAAUAAAUGUACUGUGAUUUAUUUGAAAUUCAAGAA